AAUAUCUCGCCCCCCUCGUCCGCUAUAGAAACCCACUUGACCCGGAAGCUGGAGGAUACCUCUCAUCCACUUGUUCAAUCAAUCAUGCCAUAUGCAUACCAAAUUCUCUCCAUAUCUGCCCUCAUAAAUCCGCUAUCUACCAAUCCUCUGAAAUCUUUUUCUCCGCAUCAUUAAAUCACUCUUUGGUAUCCCCACCUCCCUAAUUCUCCAAUUCAUCAAACACCUAGACAGAGAUUGUUCUCUCAACUCGAUCUCUAUAUAUAAGAUACUUGUUCUUCCUCUACAUAUCAAGUACUCCCACUAUUUUAUUUCUUUUCUAUCUUCAAUCUUCGCCAAUACUUCUACUGUCAUCUACUUUUGUGUAAGAAGAUUCUCUUUUAUCAGGUGAUCUACAACCACACUAGAAUGUCUCUGGAUAUCGCUUCUGAACGUGUUUGUUAUGUGCACUGCAACUUCUGCAACACCAUUUUAGCGGUGAGUGUCCCGUGCACCAGUGUGUUCAAUGCUGUGACCAUUAGGUGUGGCCACUGUGCUAAUCUUUUGUCAGUGAACAUGGGAGCUUUGCUACAGACUGUCCCUCUUCAUGAUCUUCAGAAGGAGAACCUACUUUUCCAAGCCUCUAGCAAGGAGUGCGGAUCUUCUUCCAAAUGCCACAAGGUUGCUGUAAUGGAUUCUUCAGAUAAUGAGCAACCUAGAAUGCUUCCAAAAGCAGCACAAGAGAAAAAGCAAAGGGUCCCAUCAGCAUACAACAGGUUUAUUAAGGAGGAGAUUCAAAGGAUAAAAGCUAAUAAUCCUGACAUAAGCCAUAAGGAAGCCUUUAGUACUGCAGCAAAAAAUUGGGCGCAUUUCCCUCAUAUCCACUUUGGGCUAACCCUGAACAACAGCAAGAACGACAAAGCUAACUUUGAUGCAGCAUUUUCUGGGGAAGGGCCAAGAAAGACCCAAGGAUUCUACUAAGGAAAUGAUAAUGUGGUCGGUAAACUAAAUAUUAUAGUGUGUUUGUUUACAAUACUGAAGCAGAAUUUGAGUUUUCAUCAGGCCUGCAACCAGAAAUGGUAGCACAUAGCUUGUUCUAGAGGAAUGAGGUCCUCACAAUGACCACUUCAUCUGUUAUGAACAGCAUAUUUAUGGACUGUAAAUGUGUGUGUAUGCAUCCUUUCUUCAAUAAUUUUCUUUAUAAUUGACCUAUAUAUGGGAUUUUUCUAUUAUAUAAA